CUGAAAUACGGUACCCGCUCAGAUCAGUGUGUGAUGGCGUUAGCGUCGGACGUCGUCUCGGACGUCGGUGGUGAAGAGCUCCUCGAAAUGAGGGUCGCGAGCGCGGAUAGAGAUUCUCCGAGCGAGUUAUCCUCCUCGCUGUCAGAGAGCGAAGAAGACGAGGUCGUCGCUUCCUGCAGAGAAUUCUACAGAAGACGUUUAAGUUCUAAAUGGAUAAUCCGACCCCAGGAGGAGGACGGAAACCUGACGGAGAGCGAAUCGUCCGACAAUCCCGAGUCCAUCCACGCAACCAAGUGCCACAUCGAGUCCGAUCACGACUCCGGUGUUGAAGUGCUGAACAGAGCCUCGAGCAACUCGUCCGUCGAGGAGUCCGGACGAUCACAGUGUGUGUCUGAGGAGGAUAGUUCGAAUAGAGAAAGUCACAAGCGAACAGAGGAUACGCCAGUCUUGAUACAGUGUCACGAUGGAUCAUCGAAUGUGCAAAGUGACGGAACCGCGUGCAGAUUCGAACAAUUACAAAUUCGACGUUCGAGUCUCCUGGAUGAAAUGGAUGCCACGACAUCGAAGUUCGCUUCUAAGAUGAACUUUCUCAAAACACAAAUCGGUUCGCUCGUUGAGAAAGACAACCAGCUUUUCCGGCAGCUCUUGAACCUCUACGAUUCGAUCAGCGAUCUACGGAAGUCCCAGAUAUUCGUACCAUCAACACCGUCGGACAUGGUCAUUCCAGAGCACUACAGCUACUUCACGAUGUCACGAUCGAGUUCCUUCAGCUCCUCCUCAUCGUCAUCAUCUUCAUCGGAGAGUGAUACGACAGUAUCACCGGCUUCAUCUGCAGCUUCAACUCCUGUUUCGACGCCUUCAUGGACCCCCAUCUCAUCGCCUUCAGCAAUGUCGACCUCGUCUUCAUCGAGAAGCUCCUAUUCGGUCAAGCAAAGGUCCACCUGCUGUCGCCGAUGCAGCGCCUACAGCCAAAGAAAGUGCCGGCAACUUCCCUCGAAUUCGAGUUUGAGUCGAAAGAAGCGGUCAUUUUCUAUAUCGAACAUAUCGUCGGGCUCGGAUUCCGGCUUCGAAUUGAAACUUCAUUCAGAGAGCGAUCACGAGAUUUUCGUCUGAGUUCACCCUGGAGAAUCAUCAUCACGAAGAACAUCGCAUGGAGCCGUUCUAUUGAUGAAGGAAUUCGAUGAAGGAUUCUAUUUAUUAGAGUCAAAAUUCCAUUCGAAGCUUGAUGAUUGUGUAGAUUGUACAGAAGAGAAGCGAUUCGAGGAAUCAAUUUCGCUUUCUGCGCUCUAACGGAUUUCUCCACUCCCUCCGAAUCUCAGAGGGCUUUUGGAGAAACGAUCGACCAAGAAGAAAUCUACGCGACUUUUUUGAGGGUCUCCCGAAAUCGUCCGGAUCUCGUGAAGACCUCCUCUUUUGUGGUGACGGAAGCCACGUAUGUCUAUCUGGAACAGCGUCCGCGGCUUAGAGUCCCUCUCGUGGUCUCAAUUUCCGGAUUCUCGAAGCAGGCGACUUGCGCAGUUAGGGUUAAUAGGGCACAUUGUAGCGCUACACUUCUGUCGGUGGGCAGAUGUAGCCUAGGCCUUCUCAUUGUAAAUAGUUCACUAGCUUACCUGCCGCAAGUGCCGCUGCCGUCACAUGGAUUCAUUCUCCUCUUCAUCCGAGGGAGAAAGCAUCCCUCAGCCAUCAGUUCAUCCAUCAAAGUAUCAUACACUAAAAUAAACCACUGUUUG